AUGUCAAACAGCAAGGCGAGAAGCCGCAACGCGCAGGCUCAGGCACUGUUGCGUUCGCGGCGCAAGGUCUACAUCCAAAAUCUCGAACAGACGGGGGAGGAGCUCCGGACACAAAAUGACAUUCUGGCUGCAGAGCGCGACGAUUUGAGACGGCGCGUCACGGGCCUCGAGGCUGAAGUAAGCCUCUUCAAGGGCAGCUUGGGCAGCCCCGUGGGCAAUGCAGACGCACUGAUGGCCGCGCUCGAAGCAGAGCGAGCCAAGGUGGAGAAGCUCAGGGAGGCAGUCCGGUCCCUUGCUCUGGUAGACGCAGAGCUAGACGAGUUCCCUUGCUCGUCCAGCGGCCUGCCGGGUCUGCUGCCCGAGCAGGCGUCGUCGUCGUCGUCGUCAGCCACUCUCUCCGAAGUAUUUUCAUCACCGGCCGACGACGCUGGUACAGCCAGCUACACCACUGCCUCGUCCACGACGCCUGCAUCGCUCGGUCCUUCGUCCUCGCUGGGUUCCGAGGAGACAGACUCGCUCUCGCUUCUGCUUGCACAGCCGCCGACGUUCAAGCGCCAGGCCGCCCGCAUGCUCGUUUCGGAGCUCCUCUCAAAUGGGACCACGGCCAAGUAUUACACCUGCCUUUGUCUCGGCAAGUAUCCUUUCUAUGGCUCCUUACCACCACUUUCUCGGGGGAACUACUGGUCCUAGGCUGAAUUCGUUCUUUUUAUCCCCCGCUUGCAUGCCCUACGACUUUAUUACUGUGAGUAGUGAUUUUGCCUCUAGGUCCCUUCAAUGUAUAUUUCCCUCGUCUGCCCUCUGCUCUGCACGAACAAUUUCACGG